UGAUUGUGAUCGGUGGAAGUGGUUGUUCCGAGAAAAAAAAAAAAGUAUUGAAUAGCACAUUAGCUUUUUUUUUUGUUUUUAUUUUGUUCUGUCUUCAUAUGCUGUCGUCGUCGUCUUCAGUUGGUCGACCCCUACUCAUACUCUGUUCAUCUUUCUAUCCGUCCAUUCGUUCACCACCAUCACUCCUGGAGUGACCAACUGUGAUUAGAUUGACAUGGUGACCCGGGUCAGUCGCAAGAUUUCAGUUGAUAGAUCAUUCUAAAUUUAGAGAAGGGAUUCUUGUUUUUAUGUUUAUAGGAAAGUAUGAUGACUGGCCGGAAAAAAGUUGCCUUAUUACCCACUUCCAGGUGUGAUGGUGUAUUGCAGCCACAGCAGCAGCAUCAUCAUAAUCAUCACCAUCACCAUCAUCAUCACCACCAUCACCACCAUCAUCACCAGCAACAACUACAACAGCAGCUACCACAGCAGCACAAAAAAGUUGUCAUGACUCGGAAGAACCUUGUUGCACCCAAACAGUCUUCUAUGGAUUCUUCCCUCCUUCGGCCAAAGAGGAAUAUUCAAGUAAAAAAUUUGGAUGAUACAUCUGGAUUAUCAUGGAGAGAAGAACGAGAAUUAAAACGGGCUUUGUACGCGUCUCUGCAAGAAAGUCGGCGUCAAAACCGCCAGCAGCACGAGCAGUGGCAAAACCAGAAGGAAAGUCCUGUUUUGUCAACUGCCAACAGAAAAACUAACCAAAGCAGUGGUAGAAGUAGUUGUAACAACAACAGUUACCUUGAUUGCAACAGAUCGGCAUCAGCAGUGCCAGUCUUAACCAACUCUACUUGCAAUAAUUAUUCAUCUUCUCCUUCAUUCUGUCAGUCUAUUCAGAGCAGUAACUCCUCUACAACAUCGGCUGUUAGGAGUACUGUUGUCGAUGAGAACAGCAGAGACUCGAUGAAGCCUCUCCAUGCAGUUGGGACCCAUAUAAGGUCAGCCAACUUGGCAGCGACAGAUAUCAAGAGGACUAAAAUUCAUGCACAAAGAAAAUUUGCUCAGUGCUCACUUCCUUCUACUCCAAUUUCAACUCCAAAUAAAAGCAAAAUGUCUCCCCUUUGUUUGCCAAAAAGAGCUAAAACAGAAGAUUUCCUUACUUUUUUAUGUUUAAGAGGUAGUUCUGUCUUGCCAUCUCAUCUGGAUUUUUUCAACUAUUCAAGUAAAGAUUCUGCCUCAGUCUCCGGUGGAGAGAAUAGCCGUCCCCAAACACCAGCCAGUGUCAACUAUAAGCAUCAUAUCAGUUCAUCGCGUGCACAGACACGUGAGAGCUCUCCUCUUUCUACUGCAACAAGUACAAGUAGUAAUGAUGAUGUUACUGAUGUAAUGUCAUCUUUCCAUGUUGUUCGCUGUCUCCAGACGCCAAAUCGGAAAGCAGCACGUGCAAGUGCAAGCACUCCAGAAACUGCUAGAGGCUUAGCUACUAUGCAGCAACAGAAUUUGGUCAAAAAAGUUGCUGGAAAAUUGGGUGCCAAACUAGGCCUAAUUGACUCCAAAACACGCAUGACUCACAAUAAUAAUUCCCCUUCCAAAAGAAAUGUCAAAUCCAGAAUUUCCCAACCAAAGACAACUAUGCGUAAUGGAGUACAUUCUAAUGAUCUCAGAACUAAAAAGCGUUCCCCUGGACGGCCUUCACUAAAGCAGAAGUUGCAAGACAGGGUGAACCAUGUUAAAACCUCAGUCCAUAUUGUUUCAGAAUCAAAGAAAAGAUCUGUUGUUGUGCGCAAUAGUAAAUCAAGUGUGUUACGAUCUCUUUCUAAGAACUCCAACAAUUCCUACUGCAAUAAUAACAGUGCUCAGUCCCAAAAACCAUUUUGCAAAACACAGACUCAUGGGAAAUCCUUGAGAACAUCUGUCAUUUCACAAAAAAGCCAUUCCAAUAGUGUUCUACCUGUGGUGCCUUUGAAGAAACUCUCUGAAAAUGUGCCUAAUCGACGAAAACAUAGAGGACGUAAUAAACUGCAGUCUAGUCAAAUUGAUAAACUGAAAAACAGAGUGCGAAGGCAAAGAAAUGCACAGGAUAACUUAUCCACUACAACUGAACCUCACUCUAGGAGUAGGACUCGUCGUGAUACUGGUAGCUCCAGUUCAAAUAGAAGGCAACGAGGACAGUAUGUUUUAGUACCAAGAUCACGGACUAUAGAGCCCCAGUCAAGGGUUCAACCAUCCCGGUUUUCAAAACGCCUCUCAUUGUUGGCUCAACGAGCAGCUAUUGAUGUUGAAAACAAAGUUAAAUCAUCUGGUUUAAAAGGAUCCAAGACAGCUCAAGAAGAGUCUACUGUUGGCCCAUCUUCUCCUACAUUACUGCCAUCUUCAGCAGUGCCUUUGCCAACCGUAACUUCUUCUAGUACACCUUCUCUCACACAGUUGACCAAUUCCACAAACACCUCAAAUCAUCACUUAGCAUCUUCACACCAUUAUUCACAAUCACUCAAUCAAGUUUCACCCUCCAUAAAGGCAAUUAACUCUGGUAUUUCUGACAAAAAGAAACUCAAUAUUCUGAAAAUGAUGAAACUUAGAAUGCCCACAAGAGAGCAGCUGAAACUAGCUCGAAUCAUAGAAAAACGACGUGGUAAGAAGAACUGCGUGACUUCAGUGACUCCUGCAACAGACACAACUUCCAAAUCGUUACCACAGCUUUCAAAUGAAAACCCUAAACCAAAAGAAAAUGUUCCUUCGUAUGAAAAGCGCCGUGGAAGACCACCUAUUGGGAAGAAAUCUGAACAAAGUUCUGAAGAAGAAGUUAAAUGUGAUUCUUUUCCAGAGGAAGGAGAACCAGCACGAAUUGUGGACAUUCCAAUUUUUUAUCCGUCAGAUGAAGAAUUUCAAGACCCCUUAGCCUACAUAGAAUCUGUCAAAACACAAGCCGAACCAUUUGGAAUGUGCAAAAUUGUACCCCCAGCUUCAUGGAAGCUUGAAAGCUGUAUUAAUGAAGAAAUGAGAUUUACAAGCCAAGUGCAAUAUAUACACAAAAUGUUAAAUCGAUGGGGUCCAAAUAUACAGCAGAUGGAAUGCAUAAAGAAACAUCUUUCCUCAGUUGGUAUUGAAUUGACUGAACCUCCACUGAUUGGUGGCAUUGAAUUAGAUUUAGCUCGUCUGUACCUUAGUGUCAAAGAGUAUGGCGGACUGCAGAAUGUAAUGGAUAAGAAGAAAUGGAGCAAAGUAGCUGAUAUGGUUAAAAUUCCAAAACAAGCCCAGGAUCGGACUACAAAGCUCUACAAUGCUUACUGCAAAUAUCUGCUCUCUUAUGAAAUGCUUUCUGAAGAGGAAAAGACGAAAAUUUUGCAUCAAGUAACAGACGAACGUUUGCAACAACUACAGCAACGACAGAAUGGAAUGUCUCGACAACACACAGAAGACACCAUAGAUUGUUGUGUUGCAAAGGGUAAAACAACUUCCAUCAAUGCCUUCCAAAGAGUGUCUCGGAAUGUACAGUCUAUGUGGUUUCGAGAUGAUCCAACUCCAGAACAAGUUGAAUCAGAUUACUGGAAAGUUGUUGAAGAAGCGUCAUCACAUGUUGUUGUCCAGUGUGGACAUAUUAACUCAGGGAACCAGGGAACAUUCUUUCCUUGCAAGAAAGAUAGCCCAUACACCAAACAUGGCUGGAACUUCAAUGUAUUAUCUCAAAAUCCUUUAUCAGUAUUAAGACAUUUGGGACCAAUACCUGGUGUUACACUGCCUGUGCUCCAUAUUGGAAUGUUAUUCACAACUUCAUGCUGGUCAACCAGCAGACACAGCUUGCCCUACAUCCAUUAUUUACAUACUGGGGCUGAUCUCAUUUGGUAUUCCAUUCCAAAGCAACUGAAGCAGAAUCUAAAAGCAGCAAUCAAAGAACUUGUUCCAGGUCAUGUGUGGGAUGAUGACGGCUGGUUCAAAGAAGAUUUUAUUAUGAUGAAUCCUGAACUAUUGGUUAGAAAAGGAGUAUCUGUUGGCCGAAUUGUUCAGAAACAGCACCAGUUUGUAGUUGUAUUCCCAUUUACUUACACGGCAUCUUUAAACUGUGGCUUUAGUAUCUCAGAAUCAUUGCCAUAUGCCACUCCAGAUUGGCUUCCACUUGGACAAGCUAUUGCUCAGGUUUUGCGAAAGAAUUGUUUAUGGCCAGAGAUGUUUUCUUUGGAUUCUUUGCUCCGACAUAUGGUGAAAACUGAGCCUGCUGUCUCUGAGGAAUUGUUAAUGCAAGCCAUUCCAUUUUUAAUAAAAGCCAUAGAACAUGAACUAUCAUUGAGGAAACAACUUUACGAUGCUGGUCUGAAGAAUUCUGCACGAAUGAAUGCUCAUGAACCUUUAGUGUCCUCUUUCAAACGUAAGCGUGCCAAUGACGGAAGCAGUGAAAAUAGAUGCGAAGUCUACAAAAGGAUUUGCUACUUUUCCAUGGUUGUGAAUGAAGUAGAUGAAAGUUUGUAUUGUUUGGAUCAUGCACUUGCUCACAUCCAAAAGAAGCGAAACCUGAAAGCCUGUAAGCUUUAUUACAGAUUUUCUGAUGAAAAUCUCGAGGAACUUCUGAAAAUAGCUUCCAACCGGUUAUGCAUGAAGGAAACUAACAAUGCUAUUACUGAUCCUAGUCCGAAACGAAAAUCAGUGAAACGCCCAGAAUCAAAAAGCUGAAUACUGACUAGCCAAAUCUGUUGAACUUUAGACAGAAAGUCUGAUUAAUGGCGAAUAGUUAUUACCGUAUGUUCAUCAUCUACUUGGCUUGUGAAUCAUACAAGAAGAUCUCUUUUGUUCAGUCAAGCUUUGAUUUUCAGAACUCUGCUGUGAUAUAAUCUGAAUUACUGAUGUUUAUGGAUGGGAGAAACAAACCAACCAGACUUAUACAUUAAUUCACUCAACAUUCACACCACUGUUCUCUCUUUCUCCCUCUUUACAUGUGCAUAUAUUCUGAGAUAGCUUGUAACAGAAAAAAGAUACAUUCAACAUGGAAAUAAAUUUAUCUUGUGUAUUUCCUACAAAAAGCUAGGCGAAGAAAGACUUAAAAAGAAAGAAGUAAAUUUUUCAGUUGAAAGUACUGUCAAUCAUAAUUGUGUUUAUUUACAGAUUUUAAAAUAUGAUAAUGUCAACAUUUAAAAAAAAAAUUCUUUUAAAUAUUGAGUUUUAUUUAUUUGUUUCACGGGAAACAUAUGUCAGCAGCUAUUGUCACGGGUCGUUGAGCAGUUUAUAUUUUUAUCAAAGUGAAGAAAAUAUUAUUUAUUCUUCUGAUUUGAUAUGCAUCCAUUUAAUUUGAUAGUUUUUCAGUUUUCACUAAUUAGAUUGAAAUUUUUCUUUUUGUUCAUAUUUAUGUCACAACAAGCUGUUAGACUUAAUGAAUUCUUCAUCCUUACAUUAUUCUAUCACUGUACCUAAUAUUUUUUUGUUUAAUUGAUUUCAAAGCAUAUUUAUUGAACUUCAUAUGUAGACAUUUGACAGAAAUGGUUUACAUCAAAUUAAAAAAAAAAAGGAAAAGAAAAAUGAAGAAAACUUAUGGUGUAUCCUUUGUAAUCACUUGCUAUUUUUGUUGUAGUUCUCUUGAACUAAAACUGUGCCUUGCAGUAAAUAUCAUUCCUCUGCAUUUAUAUCACACCAUUAAUGCUCAGUUGGGAAGUUUUUGAAGGAAAUGAUUGUACUAUAUUUAUAUAUUUCCCAGUAAGUUUAGUGUAAUGUUCAAAGUAUACUUUCCUCUUCUCUUUAUUACUCCAUAGGUUUAUAAUCAACAGUGGUUAAGCCUAGGUUACUGACUCCAUAGGGUAUUGAGUUAACAUCUUGCCACCACUAAGUGAAGUAUAUUUCCUUUAUUUGUCUCGAAAAUACUUAACAUUCCCAUUUUACUAUUUAGUAGCUGAAUUUGCAUAAUCUAUAAUAGCAGAGAUAAAUGGUUGCUUUUCUGUUUUACUUUUUUAAUCCUUCACUGUUCCUAGAAGACGUAAAAGGGAGUGGGGCUAGAGUUUAUCCUAAUCUUUAAGAAGCUUAAAGCACUUGGGAGACAUCUUCUGAAGGGACUCUCUCUGUAACAGAAUUCCAAUCUAAUGGACCUAGGAUUUCAUGCUAACAAAAUGUCCACAGGUUAUUCAGUGCUUCUACUAUGUAUUAGAAGUGCAGUAUACUGCCUUUCAAUGACUGUUUACAUUCAGGUAGACUGAUUCUUAGUGAUGACAAGACACAGAAUAAAACAAUGCCAGUAAUGAGAUGUGAACCAUCGACCCUUUAUUUAAAGAGCCAACCUCUUAAGGGGGAUUUUGGCCAGAAGCAACUGUUUGAUAAUUGAGCAUAAAGUAAAACAUAAUCAUGCUAACAAACUGGAACACAUAGUGAAGAAUUGUUUUUAAGUAUUAUUUAAAAAUUCAGAGCAUAAUUUAACCCAUUAGCAUUUAAAUUUAUCAUAUUCGGCCCAAAUAUUCUAACAGUUUUCUGUUCAAAUUGGCCACUUCUGACCUAAUGUCAUCAAAAUCACAAAACUAUGAGAUAAUGCAUGAUUAAUUGAAAACAAUGUGAAUAAAUAAGCAUCAUAUUUGACAGUAAUCUGAAUGCUAAAGGGUUAAGAAAGGAAUUUUUUGAGAGAGAGAGAGAGAAAGAAUGAAAUUAAAUUUUUGAAUAAAAUAAUAUUGGUUCCUUAAGUUUACAUUCAUGGAAUUGUUUUUUUUUUCUUUUUCCAAAUUUAAAAUAUUUGAAUAUAAUCUUUUAAACAAAAUAUUAAAUAAAGUGUUACAUUUAAGUAGUGAGAUGCUUUUACUCUCACUGUUCAUUAAUUUAGUUGCUAUCAAGGCCAGCUCAUUGUACAACAGCCUCUGGCAAUUAUUUCAGAGCACAAAAUGCUAACAAGUAGCAUUUUUUUAUCUGUUUAACCCUUUUGAUAUCAACUCUGAUUCAAUGGUAUAAAAUUUCUUGUUUCAAAUUGUUCAUAUUUAAAGUAAAACCUUCCAUCAUUAUCUUAAAUCAGAAAUUUCUGUUAAUUCAUGUUCCAAAUACCAGCUUAAUAAUAAUGAUAAUGAUAAUAAAAGUUUAUUGAAUUCCUCUGGAUCUUGAUUAUUUUCAAAAUUAAUUGAUACAUGUGGACUAUGUAUUUUAUGAGAAAUAUGUCCUGGAAAUGUUAAACCAUCAAAAUACAAAGACAAAAUAAAAAAGAGAAUUUUUAAUCACGUUCAAAAGUUCUAAAAAAACAUAUUGUAAAACUUUUCAACAUUCUUUCUGUCUCUCUCACUCCCUCAGUAAACAUUGUCAUAGUGACAGUUCUAAUACACCAAACUUUGCGAUACAGGGGCGCCAAAGCUUAGCUUGAAUGGGGUCUCAGGAAUUUUAGAGCCAGCCUUGGUGUCUAUAUCAGGAUUAUAAAACAACAGUUUUUAUUAUUUAUUUAAUUUUGUUUGUUGGUUUCUUUUCAACUUUUUUGUCUUUUGUAUUUUUUUAACAAUCAUUUUUAUUUCACUGUUAAUUUGGAUCAACACUCACUAUUUAUAAUAUCAAUCAUUUUUUAUUCUUACUGAUGGUCUUUCUUCAUUUGCCACCAUUAGAGAUUUGAUUUAUUAAAGAACCUUAAUUUAUUUUUUUUUCCUGACAUAUAUAAAUGAAGUGAUCUCCUUUUCAAUACUUUUUUGUUAAUGAAUUUUGAAACACUUUUUUUUAUUUUGAAAGUGGAAAUCUUUUGGCUUUAAUUCAUCUUCUUCCUUAAUAAUUAUGAUCUUCACUAAAAUGCUGAGUAUAAAAUGAUAAAUUUCAUUUGAAGAAGAUAUCUGGAGAACAUUUAGCUUUUCAGCUGAAUUAAAAAUUUUUUUUUUUUUUUUCACUGGUGGUUAUGUUCUUUCAUCUAAUUGCAUUUCUUGAAUAACAUUCAGAUAUCUAAAAUAAAAAUGUUUUAUUUAUAGAUUCUAUGAUCUGCAACAGCCAACUGAGUACAAACCAUCAGCUAUUUUAUCUCAUCACAAUCAGCCUGAUCCUUGAGAAAGGCAUUAUACCUUACUUGUCAAAAAAAAAUAUGCACAACCAAGUUGUAAAGGUACUAAGUGAUUAUGGACAAGCUUGUUUAAGUAAACAGCUCUACCAGUUUGCAAUAAAUGCUUUAUCUCAGGUCAGAUUAGGUUUGUAAUGCUGCUGUAAAAUAAGCCCUAACAAUGUCCCUUUGUUUCCCAAUUUGAAACUUGUAUUCUCCUGUCUGCUAUGGCGUUGAAUCUGCAGAAUGGGGACUUUCAGUUUAGGAAAAUGGAACUUUCUUUUAUUAAAAUUGUUUUUUUGUUUGUUUUGAUAACCAGUUCAAAGUUCUACUGGCUAGCCUAUGAUUUAUUCUCCAGUGAGCUAAAAGGUUAUUAAUAAAUCUGCAUAUACUGCCAUAUCUUGGAAACUAUUGGAAAUGAUGUCCACUUUAAUAUUCUUAAGAAAAAGAAGAAAAAAAUACAAAAAAAAAACAUUGAAAAUCCUUAAUAGAAAUCUUGAAAUAAAUUAUAUUUAAACAAAAAAAUAUUGCUUGUAGCAAUUAUUCAAGAAACUUGGCAGGGGUAGUAUCAGGGUUUAGAUAAUGGGCAUUCCAAUAUUAUCGAGGUAAUUUUUUGGUUCCAUAUUUUAUAUGCUUUCCUCUGAAAUAUUUGUAUGAAUUCCUUAACAACAACAAAUAACAAUGUUGAAGAAUUUCUAUUGCGUAUUGUAUUUGCAUUUACUGUUUUAUUUUAUAAAUAACACCUGUAUCACAUAAAAUUGUAACAACGAGAGGAAGUAUUAUAUUUUCUAUUUCUUGUUCAGUAUUACUUCCAUACAGAUCUCCAUUUCCUCAUCUAUACAUAUUUAUAACAUAUACACUAUAUAUAUACACAUAUAUGUAUAAUAUUUAUAAUAUAUAUUUAGAGUAUAUAAAUAUAUAAUGUAUAUAUACAUGUGUAUGUCUAUAUAUAUAUAUAUAUCUUGGUUCUAAUUUUGACACAAGGCCAUCAAUUUCAAGAGGAAAAGAUAAGCCAAUACCAUCGACCCCAGUUCUCAUUGGUUACUCUAUAUUAAAAAACCUUGGAGGGUUGGUAGGCAAAGUUGACCUCGGCAGGAUUUGAACUCGGAAUGUAAAGAGCCACAAGGGCAUUUCUUCUGACUCUUUACUGGUUCUGCCAGCUUGCCUUAAAUAUAUAUUUGACAUUAACACUCACACACAUUUAUAUCUAAUACACACCCAUUCUUUUACUACUUUUAGUCAUUGGACUAUAGCCAUGCUGGGGCAACACCUUCAAGGAGUUUUAAUUGAGCAUAUCAGCCCCAAUCUUAUACUUAUUUAUUGGUGUGUAUUUAUCAAGUGUCUAAGAUACCUUCUCUCUGGCAGUUUUGAUUUUUAGCUGGUUGUGUUAUGUUAAACAUAUGCACAAACUUGGAUGGGCAUGGACUCAUAUAUAUAUAUGCACACAGGAUUCUGCACAAUUUCACUCACAAAGUAUUGGGGCAACUUUGAGCUAUACAUAGAGGCCUUUACUGAAGGUAUCAUGCAGUAUUAUCAAACUCAGAAUCUCUUAGUUGUGAAGUAAAAUUCUUAAUCAUAAGCCAUGGCUGCGCUACAUAUAUAUAAACAUGAUAUUGAAUGUUAGACAUUAUACAUAUGUAUAUAUGUGCGUGUGUGUGAUAUAAUAUACAAAACAUAUAUCAUCAUCAUUGUUUUAACAUCAAGUGUUCCAUGCUUAUAUGGGAUUUGUUGAGGCAGAUUUACUGUGACCAGAUACACUUCCUGUUGCCAGACUUGAUUGCAGGCAAGGAAAUAUUUCAUGUUUCAUGAAAUAUUAGAAACAAAUGACACUGCUUAUAAGAUGGUGAUACUUGUUUCAACACAACAUAUGAGAGAGAGAGAGUAUGCGCUAAUUGCUAAAUGGGUAGCUGUUUUUCACAUCAUAAUUCAGAUAAGGCUUACAUCAUUUGAAUUGUAUUGUUUCUUGUGGAGACUCAUAAAAAAGGGGGAAAAAAUACCUGGUUGGCACUUGUGGUCAAAAGCACAUUUUUAAAAGGUGUUAUAAUAAUUUUUAAGUUUAAUUUUGCAAUUUGGUUAAACUUCACUCUCCUUCUUCUGCAUUUCAUAUUGAUGUGUCUAUGUGCACACUCACACUUGUAUAUGCAUGCAUGUGUGUGUGUGUAUAUAUAUAUAUAUAUAAACAUACACACACAUGUAAAUUUGGAUUUUAUUUAUUGCCAUGUGUUUUGCUUUCUUUUGUUCUGUUGGUCUGUUUUGUGUUCCAGGACAAACCUCCACAUACCCACAAAAAAAGGAAAAAAAUGUUGGAGGCUGAUUUUUAUUUAUAUAUUUAUUUGCUCUUGAUAUUUAUCAAUUCCAUAUUUUCAUGGAUUUCUUCAUGUUUUUUUUUUAACUAAUAAUAACAACAUUAAUAUUGUUGAUGAUGAGGAAAAUAUGAAUUUGAGAAAAGAAAGAAAAAAAAAAUGAGUAAAAAAUGAGAAAGUUUAAGUCAGUGCAUUUUGUAAGGGAAUGGAAACUGAACUAUGUAUUGAUUAAAGCUUGGUUUAGAGAUGAACCUUGUUUUGGCAAAGAGUUUGAUAAAUAAACUGAAAAGUUGCAGCUAUUGACCAAAGUUUCUUCAUAAAAAGUAUUGAAAAGACUGCUGAUGGAGAAUUUAUUUCUUGAACUGAUGAGAAGCUUACUUGAUGGUUGUGACCAGUAAAUUUUAUCAUAUAUAUAUAUAUAUAUAUAUAUAUAUACAUACACACACACACAUACAGUCAGACACUCAAUGUACUAUGUCCUGCUUGGCAAUAAAAAAAAUGACAUUAAUUAUUCAACUAGAAUUGAUGGAAAAGUU